CGCCCCUCCACAGAGAACGAAGCCCCCACUGCAUUGGAAGGGUUGAAGGGCUGAAGGGUCUCACCGUGACCACCUUUCGCGAUACAUCACCGGGUAUGCACCUUGAACUGACAGAUUCUUCAACUUUCAACAAGAAUCAUCAGUCAUAGAAAAACAAAAUGGCCAAGGGAACUAUCGGAAAGGCCAACAAGGCGGCAGCUGUGCGGAAACAUUCUCGUGCCGCCCGCCGCCAAACCUCUCCCGGCAUCGACCUCGACAAGUCUCUCAAGGCCGUCCGCCCUCCCCAGGAAUCCGUCAACCUGCGCCCGACCGUCCUGGCCGCCCAUCACAACAGCGGCGUCACCAAGAAAACCAAAAAGAAGCAGCUGUCGUCCAAGGCGCGCAAGAGACAAGAAAAGAGCAUGGAUCGUGCCGAGGCCAUCAUGGACCGCACCUCCACAAAAGUGGCCAAGAGCCACGGCAAGGCCAGAGUGAUUGAGUCGCGCAAGCGGACGUGGGACGAGGUCAACGUGGUCGCACUCGCUGAGAUCGGCAAGGAGUUGCCUACAAAGAAGGAGAAGAAGGCGGAUAAGGAGAAGCGGGCUGAGGACGAAGUUGUUCGCGCGUUCUAUGCUGAUGAUGAUGAGGAUAUGGAUAAGGAUGGCGACGAGUGGGAGGAUGAUGUCGAGGGUGUGGAUCAGAAUGCGGCGGUCGAGAGUCUCAUGGCUGCGGCGACGAUACCGGCUGUCGCGCCGGCGAUGCAGGAUGAUGACGAGGAGAUUCUAUGAAUAUGCACUGCAACGGGGACAGAUGGAUAUGGGUGAUGGGCUUUUCUAUGUACUGUAAAAGGGGCAUCAAAGUUGCGGAUGGGUUACUGGCGUUCAGGGAUAUUCUGUUGUUUUACCUAUAUACCACGGCGGCCGGGUUCGCCGACGAAUAUUGGGUUGGGUUCGGGUCAUGUAAACUGGGGUCAUGUCACGAUACGAAUUGGAGAAUUUUCGGAUUUGGUCCAUGAAUGUCAUAUCAGGAUCUAUC